CUUGCAGCAUGGCCGCCGGCGCCGCCGCCGCUUUAGCGUUUUUAAGUCAGGAGAGCCGAGCCCGGGCAGGGGGUGUUGUGGGGCUGCGGGCCCCAGCUCCGGUCACUGUGGACAGUUUUUUCUUCGGCUGUGAGCUCUCAGGCCACACCCGUUCUUUCACCUUCAAGGUAGAGGAAGAAGAUGAUGCGGAGCACGUGCUGGCUUUAACCAUGCUCUGCCUCACCGAGGGGGCCAAAGAUGAAUGUAAUGUGGUAGAGAUUGUGGCCCAAAACCAUGACCACCAGGAGAUUGCAGUCCCUGUGGCCAACCUCAAGUUGUCGUGUCAACCCAUGCUCAGUUUGGAUGACUUCCAGCUCCAGCCUCCUGUAACCUUCCGCCUGAGGUCAGGUUCUGGUCCUGUGCGGAUCACUGGCCGGCACCAGAUUGUUACUGUAAGCAGUGAUGUUUCUGAGGAAGAAGAGGGGAGUGAAAAGGCGGAGGAAGCUGAGUUGUGCCCCAUCCUGCCUGCUAAGAAGCAGAGGGGCAGGUCCUAGCCCUCCUUGGUCAGCUAGCUGCCUGCCAUACAUGCCAUGCACCACGUUGCUGUACAACUAUCAAGAAUUUAAAAUGUCUUCAUUGAAGAGGAGGGGUGGGGUGGGGGCAGAGUCUUGGGCUAGGAGAAAAGGGAGCCAUUCUCCAUAUGGUCCUGGUAUAAUUCUAUACCAUGCCUAGGGCUUCCCUUUUCUCCAGGAGUGGGAGGAACUCUGAACUGUCCUGACCUCUCUCCCUACUUGCCUUUGAGGUUGGAGGUCAGCAUCUGAAGCUCAGGACUACACAUUUUAAACACUUAUUACAUUUUGGGAUAAAGGGUGAAAUAAA